AUGUAUAAAAACGUAAAAAUAGAAUCUAUAAAACAUAUAAUACGUAUUCCAGCACCUAAAUCAAUAUCAUUUUUAAAACGUAAAAGUAGUAGUAAUUUGAGAUUUAGCCAAGCAGAAUUAUCUAACUUACAAACUGAGAAGUUACAAUACAUUGAAGGGCUCAACGAUGAAGAUGAGAUCUUAUUGAAACUGACUAAUCUUAUAAAUAAAUGCAAGAGUUUUACAGUGUUGACAGGAGCAGGUAUAUCUAUCAAAUCCGGGAUUCCAGAUUUCAGAUCUAUUGAUGGUCUUUAUAAUUUAAUUAAAUUACAAUACCCAGAAUUAAAGAAUUCUAUUCAAUCAGGUAAGGAAUUAUUUGAUAUUUCAUUAUUCCGUGAUUCUUUAAAGAUUGAAUUUUUUGCUAAAUUUAUUGAAAAUUUUUAUAAUAAUUAUAUUCGAUGUGCCAAACCAACUCAAACACAUUAUUUUAUUAAGCAUUUACAAGAUAGAAAUAAAUUAAUGCGAUGUUAUACACAAAACAUUGACGGGUUAGAAGAAAUGUCAGGAUUAAUAAAAAAAGCUAACGAGCAUGAACCUGUAAUUCAAUUACAUGGAGAUAUAAAUAAUUUACAAUGUAUCAAGUGUUUCCAAGAGUUUGAAUGGACCAGAUAUUAUUUGAGGAUGUUUUCCGAGGGGAAAUUACCUAAUUGUCCCAAUUGUAUUGAUUAUAAUGAAUCACGUAAGAAAUUGGGGAAACGAAUUAUUAAAAAUUUUGAUGGAUUUUUAAAACCAAAUAUAAUACUUUAUGGAGAAAAUCAUUCUAAAGGUGAAAAAAUAUCUAAUAUUAUCAAUCAUGAUUUAAUGAAAAAUAUUCGUAAAAAUAGUUUAUUUUUAAUAAUGGGGACCAGUUUAAAAGUGGAUGGUAUAAUUCGUUUAGUUAAAAAUUUCAGUUCAAUAAUUCAUAAACAAAAUGGAUUAAUUAUAUUAGUGAAUAAGACAAAAGUAUCAGAAAGUAUAUGGUCUAAAUAUAUUGAUUAUCAAAUAGUUACUGAAUGUGAUGAAUUUGUAGAAUAUUUAAAAGCCAAAAUCCCAGAUUUUUUCAUGAGUCAAAAUCAAUCUGAAAAAUUGAAAAAAUUGAGAAAAGAAAAAUCAGAUUUACGUAAGUUACAACGUGAAAAAAAGAAACAAGAAACAGAACAAAAUGAAGUUAAAGUAAAUAUAUUAAAUACACCCCCUAGCACACCAAUAAUAAGUCAAGAUGAGACUGAAGUUGAUCUGAUAAGAAAACGUGUGUGCGAAACGGAAUUGGAAGGACUAGGGUUAAAAAUGCAAAAGUUUGAUGAUAAUAGUAAUGAUAAUGAUAAUGAUAGUACCGAUACCAAUACUGAUUCUAAUACUGAUAAUAUUAUUGAUAAUAUUAUUGAUAAUAAUAAUAAUAAUAAUAAUAAUAAUAAUUGA